GGAACCAAGGCCGGUGGGAUGAUGCUGAAAAGCUGGACGUGCAAGUCAUGGAGACUCGCAAGACGAAGCUCGGAGUGGACCACCCUGACACGCUGACCAGUAUGAACAACUUGGCGUUUACGUGGAAAGGAAGCGGUAAAGAAAUUGAAGCUGUAAGACUUAUGGAAGAAUGUGUACAGUUACGGAAACGUAUCUUGGGAGUUAAUUAUCCAGAUUCUAUUUCAUUUUGCACAGCUUUAAAUACAUGGAAGGCUGAGCAAGAGGAUGUUGCACUGUUAAUCUGAAGUACUGAAGAUGGAUAAACUUGAUAGAAUUUGAAGCGUAUUACAGUCUCAUGAAUAUGUAUAAUAGAACUGACGGUUCGUAAUUUAUAAGUACUCAGCUUCCAGGCAAAAUAUCACGUGAUCGUUUGGAUCAAGGCUUCGAAAUGCAGGUCCG